CAUAACUGCAGAUCUGAAGGAGUGCUUGGGGCAGUCUCGCGCAAGGCUUUCCGUUCUCAUUGAUAAAAUGGACGACACCGAAUUUCAAGAUAAUUUCGGCGCGCUAGAUGCGCUGCGGCUUUGCGAGCUUUACGCUGAUGUCCAUCAGGUGGUACCAGGGGAGCGCCUGACUCAGGACGUGAAGUCCCUGUGGCGCGACAUCUGGGAUAAGCUUGCGAAGCUGGUACAAACCUAUUAUGCCGAACAGGGCUGGACGAGGCCGCCACGGAGGAUGCUUGCCGAUGCUGGGGAGGGUUGGACUAUAUCGAACCCUAGCCAGGAUACGUCGCAGACAUCUCCCGAAACCUUGUACUCUGAGGACCAAGAGUUGGCGAGGUCGUGCCUUGGGAUGAUGCAGUCCGACACGGAAGCACCCGGCGACCUGAUCCUUGCACUAGAGUGUUUCGUUCCGCC